AUGGAAAAAGAUCCACGGCUGGGAUAUAGCGACCCUGGUUCGUCAUCAUAUGACCAGGCACCGCCGCCGUAUUCACCAUACAAUGAUAGUGGACCUGUGGUCGAAUCGGCCGAUGUACAGGCCAAUGGCCGCGUCAAUGUCGAUUUAGAUUCAAGCCUGGCAAGAACAUUAGCCUCGAUCAUUGAGCUACAGCAAGAAGAUCUGCAAAAUCCACCUCCAAAUUACUCUGAGGAUCAGCUAAUAAAAGACGAGCUGCUGCAAUGUGACAUUCAACUGAACAUUGUGAUACAAAUUGUGGGCAGCAGAGGUGAUGUGCAACCAUUUAUCGCCCUGGGGACCGAGCUACAAAAAUUCGGUCAUCGGGUCCGAAUAGCCACACAUGAUGUUUUUUCUGAUUUUGUCACUCAAGGUGGUCUUGAGUUCUAUCCAAUAGGAGGUGAUCCCGCAGAGCUGAUGGCAUUUAUGGUCAAGAACCCCGGGUUAAUACCUCAAAUCAGCAGCCUGCGCGCCGGGGAAGUUCAAAAGAAGAGGGCAAUGGUGAAUGAGAUGCUUCAUGGCUGCUGGAAGUCUUGCAUCGAAGACGACCCUGUUACGAAGAUCCCAUUUACCGCAGAUGCCAUCAUUGCAAAUCCACCUAGCUUUGCCCAUGUUCAUUGUGCGCAGGCUUUGAGUAUCCCAGUCCACCUCAUGUUCACCAUGCCUUGGACUAGUACCAAGGCCUUCCCCCACCCGCUUGCUAACCUGAGCUCUUCUGAAAUGAACCCAAAUGUAGCAAACUGGGUUUCUUAUGGUGUUGUCGAGUGGCUUACAUGGCAAGGGCUUGGAGAUGUGGUCAAUCGAUGGCGGGCAUCCAUCGAUUUGGAACCGGUUCCCACCGCGGAAGGCCCCAGGCUGGCUGAAACGUUAAAGAUUCCUUUUACUUAUUGCUGGUCACCUGCCUUGAUCCCGAGGCCGCGGGACUGGCCAGCUAAUAUUGAUGUCUGUGGUUUCUUUUUCAGGGAUCCACCAUCCUACGAACCGCCACUCGAACUGAAGGAAUUUCUAGAGUCGGGAACGACUCCCAUAUAUAUAGGCUUCGGCAGCAUCGUGAUCGAUGACCCCCAGAAGUUGACAGAAAUUAUCUUAGAAGCGAUCGCGAAAACUGGUGUACGUGCCAUUAUAUCACGAGGCUGGAGCAAGCUAGGUGGUGUGCCCAGUUCCAAUACCUAUUACAUUGAUGAUUGCCCUCAUGAAUGGCUUUUCAGGCACGUUGCUGCCGUGGUGCAUCAUGGAGGUGCUGGGACAACCGCGUGUGGUCUUGCUAACGGUCGACCGACUACUAUUGUGCCCUUCUUUGGGGAUCAACCAUUCUGGGGCAGUAUGGUAGCAAGAUCUGGUGCUGGGCCUAGGCCAAUCCCGUAUGCUUCGCUCAACGCAGAGAAUCUGGCUGAAGCUAUCGCUUUCUCGCUGAGGCCGACCACAGCAGAAUCCGCUCGAGGCAUUGCUUUAAAGAUGCAACACGAGUCAGGAGUAGCAGCAGCUGUUCGAUCCUUCCAUCGUCAUCUCCCACUGGACAGGAUGCGUUGCUCCUUGAUACCUAAUCAACCUGCUAUGUGGAUUCACAAGCGGUCUAAGAAGAGCUUAAAGCUUUCGAAAGUUGCUGUUCAGUUAUUGAUUGACAACGGAAAGCUUAACGCAAAGGAGCUUCGGUGCAAUACCAUCAAUCCGAUACAUAUCGAAAACCGUCGUUGGGACCCUGUGACUGGCAUUAUAUCUGCCUCCACAAGUACAGGAUCUGCAAUGCUCAAAUCGACCGGAGAGAUGCUAUACAACCCAUACAAGGAAUACACAUCCAGCCGUUCUCCAAAGCCACCAAUAUCACGAACUGCAUCUGCACUUUCUACAACCACAACAUCAUCGUCUUCUAGAUCCCUCGCAGAUUUUCCCGAGACAAGUAGGCGGCCCUCUGACCGGAUAGAUACGGAGACUUCAAUCAACAGUGGGCCCAACAAUAACGCGUUAUCAACGGCGGGGAAUAUGGUUGGAGCUUCUUUGAAGGGUUUUGGCAAGUUCACAGGAGCAUACUUUAAAGGCGUGGUGGUAGACAUUCCCUACGCUGCUGCUGAGGGUUUUCGACAGGUUCCUCGACUCUAUGGAGAGGAACCGAAGCAGUAUGGCACGGUUCGUGAUUGGAAGUCUGGUGCUACUAUGGGCGGCAAGAACUUUGUCGAUGGCAUGACAGAUGGGUUCAAGGGGUUAUUCACUCAGCCUAUCAAAGGCGCGAGGGAAGAGGGGGCGCUGGGGGCCGUCAAAGGAUUUGCAAAAGGAACCAUUGGACUUGCGACUAAAGUUCCGUCGGCUGGAAUUGGGCUUGUCGCCUACCCUUUUCAAGGAAUAGCGAAAACGAUCGAAGCAGCCGUCAGGUCUAAGACAGGAAAAGCGAUCCUUCUUGCCCGCCUCAGAGAUGGGUACGCUAUGACAGAGCGAGCCCACAUGACUGAAGAUGAACAACAAUAUCUCCUACGGAGGUUCCAGGCUCUGACGGAUCCAUGA